GGGCAGUUCUCAUGCAAUACCUCCAGUUCCACAAUAAUAGCACCCGUUCUCCAACCGAAGUUCAUUGCCUUUCCAUCCGGUCAUCUCACUCGUCGGUCCCUAAGUAUAGCCAAACCAGCUCUAAAUCACGCCAACUGUACUGAACUAUUGUCCGAUUCCGUCAACUUUACUGAACUUCAAAUCACUGGUUAUAAUGAAUACUGGUGCGAUUGGGAGCCGUUCAAGGGUGGUCAUGCUCGCACACUAUUGGGUACAUUGGAUUUGGUAUUCUUGAUAUCAUACUCCGUCAGUAUGUAUAUCAAUGGAUGGAUUGCCGAACGCAUGAAUUUGCGGUACUUUCUGAUAAUUGGUAUGUUAUUUGCGGGAUUGUGUAACGUAUUGUUUGGACUCGCAUAUUACCUGGAUAUCCAUUCGUUGGCCUAUUUCUAUGUAAUCCAAGUUCUCACUGGAAUCGGUCAGUCGACUGGUUGGCCAGGUGUAUUGGGAACAGUCGGUCACUGGUUUGGGCCCUCCAAGAGAGGUCUUAUCUUUGGUAUCUGGAACUCUCACCUCAAUUUCGGUAACAUAGCCGGUGCUGCAGUGGCCGGGCUGUUCGUCGACGACCAAUGGGGUCUGUGUUUCAUAGUUCCCGGGGUCAUAAUCGCGGCCAUGAGUCUACUGGUGUUCCUAUUUCUCGUGCAAAAACCAGAAGAAGUCGGUUUGAGUUUGAGUUCAGAUACGGAACAUACGGAACAAACUCCAGUCAAGAAUAAUGAUAUGAACCGAAACAUCAAACAAAUUCAAUUCAAAGAUGAGACACAACAACACAAAGCCAUCAGUAUCUUAGAUGCUAUUAAAAUACCGGGGGUCAUUGAGUUUUCAAUCUGUUUAUUCUUCGCUAAACUGGUCAGCUAUACAUUCCUCGAUUGGUUGCCAUUAUAUAUAUCGCAGACAAAUCCAGACAUCUCUACCUCAAAGUCUGCUUAUAUGACAAUCUUUUUUGAUUUGGGAGGCAUUCUCGGUGGCAUAACUGCCGGCUAUAUGGCCGAUAAAACUGGUGCCAGUGCUCUAUCGUGCAUAUUUAUGCUCAUAUUUGCCAUUCCCUCUGUAAGUAUUAAAACCACCCUGGCUAACCAUUCAAAACUAAUCAAUAAGCUGCCAAUGAAGGCCUACAAUUUG